CCUAUUUUGCCUCCUUCUCUGUAUAUUUUCUCUGGUGGCCAAUGGGAGGGCUGGCAGUGCAGAGUGGGCUGAUAGUGUGGGCUAGGGGUGUGCCUGGGCCGGCUUGGAACUGACACACAGUGGGAGAGAGGCGACAGUAGCAGCAGUAGCACUCAAUCGCUCAGAGGUACACAAAGAGCCCUUUCUGUCAGUAUGGCUUCCAAGUGCCCCAAGUGUGACAAGACUGUGUAUUUCGCCGAAAAAGUCACCUCCCUGGGGAAGGACUGGCAUAAAUUUUGUCUGAAGUGCGAGCGUUGUAACAAGACCCUUAAUCCUGGCGGACAUGCUGAGCAUGAUGGGAAACCCUAUUGCCACAAGCCAUGUUACGCAGCUUUGUAUGGACCGAAAGGAGUUAAUAUUGGAGGAGCUGGAUCUUACAUCUAUGAUAGAAAACCAAGUGAAGACAAACCAACUUCUCCCACUGAGGUGCAGCCAAAGUCAGACGAGAGGAAAGUUAGCGGCCCAGCACCCAUUAGGAGUCUUAGCAAAGGCGCACAGGGGUCCCCACCUGCUGACAUAACUGCUUCCAGUAUAACAACUUUCACCGGAGAACCCAACUUGUGCCCUCGUUGCGCACAGAAAGUAUAUUUCGCUGAAAAAGUCACUUCCCUUGGUAAAGACUGGCAUCGGCCUUGCCUACGGUGCGAACGCUGCUCGAAGACCCUUACUCCAGGAAGUCAUGCUGAGCAUGAUGGACAACCCUACUGCCACAAGCCUUGCUAUGGCAUCCUCUUUGGGCCAAAAGGAGUAAACACAGGUGGAGUUGGAAGUUACAUCUAUGAAAAAGAGCCUGUUAACAAGGAGGCUCAGCCAUGAAAGAGAUCAGACACCUUCUGCAGCUUUCAGACCUUUCUUCUCAAUGUUCACGGCCUUCUUGUUAUUUGUAGAUCUUACUUAACUGUCAUUUAGAGAUAUACUGUAGAUACCUUGGUGCAGUCUGAAUAUUUUAGACUGACAACUUCCUUUUAAUGUCACUUGCAAACUGAUGGGUCUAAGGAAAGCUAUUGUGUUUGGAAUUAGAAGUAAGAUUGUUCUCUACCUGAUGUUGAAGCUCUAGGUUUGGGUCGUUUGGCUUACAGAUCACCAGCUACAGUACAAUUCACAUUUGGUCUAUACUUGUGUGGGAAUGUGGGAUCUGGAGUCCAGUGCUGAUGGGAGCUGCACUAUGUCAACCCUUGCCUAGUCUCUAGCUAUAUUAUUGCAAAGUCACAUUAUUCUUCAUUCCCAUGUAUAUGUAGGUUCAACUCAAAAGUGAAAGUCCAGUAGAAUGUGAUUAGAGACCCCAAGCACCGCUGUUUUAUACAACCCCCCAGCUUGAGUACUGCAGAUGCCUCAUUAACUGGAUACAUGAACAGUCCCUGGAUGCAUAUUUGUAUAUGAUCUAACUGAGAUAUUUUUUGCAUAGUCCUAGGAAUGACUUGCCAAGCUUGUGCUUAAUAAAGGUGGGUCUGCUUUUGCUUCCCGCCAAAGCAAAUUUGAGAUGGGCUGAACUCUUCAGUUGAGCAACCACUGCUGCAGAUAUGAUUAUAGGAAAAUUAUAGCUAAAGCUGGCUGCUCCCAAAUAAUUGAGAGCAUUUAUAAAAAAUGGCAGGAUCCAUAAAAUAUAACGACACUGGAUUUUCUUUAAUUGUAAGUGUUAUUAGCUAUAUUAUGUCAUUAGCUAUAGGAAUAUGAAUGUUUCUCUUCCAGCUCUCAGUUCAGAAAGAACAAAAACCAAUAGGUUUUCUACAGCUUCUUGCAACCAAAAUACAAAUUCUAGAUUCUUUAGUGAGAACCUAUGAUUCUUAUCAUAAAAAAACUGCCAAAUUGCUUUGUUUUGUAAAGGCUUCAUUAUGAAACCUUUUGGUGUAUCGCCAUAUGGUCAUAAACUGACCUUUGCAGCUGUCGGCCUCUUGUCUAAGACCUACAAGUUCCUUCUUCUGGAUAAAAUUGUCUAUUGACUUGCCAGCAAGGAAAGAUAACCUCAAACUUUUGCGUACCCUAUGGUACAUUUUACCAGUCUGCAUUAAAUGCCACUAAUCUUACUAGGAAUUGAUUAUGUGAACAUGUUUGAAUAAUGUUGACCUGAAAAAAAAACUUUAGAGUCGUUAACUUGGGGAACAAAGGUGAAAUGUACAGUAUGCUGGUUCUACUUUAUUUUUUUUACGGAAUCCAGAAUUCCGCAGUGUUUUUAUCUACAUGUUUCCCCAUAGACUGCAUUGGGAGCAUUCUUAUAUAAACUGCAAGAUGAGCUUUAACUCAUAGAUCAUCUUCCAGGUUUUGCUAGAGUUCCCAACAAACCAUUGCUAUCGGUAUUUAUGACUUGUUAGCACAAUGUCAUCCUCCAAGAUAUUCCAUUGCAUGGAAAUAGGAAUGGUGUUUGUGAGUUAUUUACUGACAGAAGCAGUGAAAGAAUCUGAACCAUACCACCCCCUUGUCCCAGACCAGACCUGUUGUCCUGUAGUACAGUACAUACAUUAUCCUUUUCCAUUACAUAUUGAUUUUGUUUGUGGUUUUGUUUCUACAAAUGACAUUUUGUACUUUGCUUAGACACUCUGUUAAUUUAUGAACUUACUACAUUGAACUUGACCAUAUGUGUGCACAAGAGGGCAAGUUGGUGGCUUAGUUAACCUGAUUGAUUCACUGCAUUCCAGCACAGAUUAUUGCUACCUCCCCGACAUUUCCCCACUGGUUCUGGAAGCUCUUAGUUUGAUUAGCUCAUGUUGGAAGUACCAAGCUUUGAGUGUUAGAAUGGGUAUCUACUUACCACUAGUUGCCAUGCAUGCCAUUUUGUGCAAAUCUAGACAGUACUUAUGUUUCCAUUACAGUAAAUACACAGAGAGCACACACCUACACAAAUGUAUUUUCAUCUGAGUUAGAAUGAGAUGGACUCAUGCUGUACCAAAAUUAUUAUUUACAAAGAGAUCAUUGGAUUUACCCAUCCCAUGUGCCAAUUUUUUCCAACCUUGUUUAACAUUUAAGUGAAAAAAAUAUAUAUAUAUUGUAUAACUAUAUUGGGGCUAACCCACUAAGAAUUGCGGCAGGGUCGGAUUAUGACACUUUGACACUGAUCGGCAACCUUCUACGACUGCCAUGGCUGUUAUUAAAUGACUGUUGGAUUCCUGUGCUACAGUACGACUGGCACAGUGAUGAUUGCUGAUAAACUUUACCCUGUGAUCUAGUCUUGCUGCAAAUGAUUGAAUUUCCUAACGUGGCCAUAAUUAGUGCAUUACGAUGGCAUUUCAGCCAGAAUGUGAAUCUUAUUAGAAUUAUCCAUGAUUUUUAGCGAUAAAAAACAUGAUUUGGAAAGGAUUAUUCAGCUAAGUAUUAUUAGAAAGCACACUCAGGGUUAGAUAAGGCUCUGCUGGAUAAUAAUAAAUAUAUAUAUAUAUGGCAUGGGGUAGUACUGCAAUGGCUUGUUAUGUAUGUCUGGGUCUCCUGCCUGGAACCCUUCAACCAUUCAACAAUAGAAAAUAUGUAGUUAGAUUGUAGAUCACAUUGUAAUGCACUGAAAAGGCCACUGCCAACAAUAUAAGCUUCUUUUAAAAUGUAUUGUUAUAUAAUUACUUAUCAAUGAUAUCAUAGAUAAUUGAAUUUGGAUCUUGGAGGCUUCAGUGUUACUAUAAAGGGAGCUCCUAGAAAGGAGAAUAUUUUAUUACUUGUAACAUUUUACGUGAUGGAUAAUAUACCCAUUUAAUAAACACCCAAUAUCCAUUUAUACUUAUGAUUCAAUAGAUGUAAAUUCCUAAUAGGGAUGCACUGAAUCCAUUAUUUCCAAAUCCAAAGAUUUCAAACUUGAUGUGACAAAAAGUCAUGUGAUUUUUAAGGAUUCAGAUUCAGUUUAGCCAGGCACUUGGAGUCGGCUGAAGCCUAAACCUGCUGAAAAAGACUGAAUCCUGGAUUUGCUGCAUCCCUAAUUCCUAAGCACAUAGUUUAUUGAGCAGGGUACAUGGAACACUGCUCGUCUCUGUAAUUGCAUUUAUACAGAUAGAGGUGACCUUAGGGAACCUGCAAACACUUCAACAGAUUAGUUUAGACCACUAGAGGUGUUACAAUGUAUAUGGCAGCAACCACUUCUACGUCAAAAGGCAAAUUUACUUGUAUAUAAAUAUGUAUCUGGUUGCAAGGAGUGCCAUGUAGGCAUAUGGUGGCCAGGGCAGCCCAUACUUCGUUUCAGCCACAGGUCAGCAAGGCAGACUGAGGGCUCCAUCAAAAGCCAAUGGUUACCAGGAAGUGACUGGAAGCCAGGCUUACAUGUGAUUGUCUCAGAUGAUGCUUGCCCUUGUGGCUUUCCCAAAAAGGGCUCUUCAUGCCAAUUUUGUGGAACUUUUCUGUGUCAUUUAGAUGCAAUGAAAGAGUCACCUUUUAAUUUAAACCUUUUUUAGGGGCAUUGAGAAAACAGACAAUGUAUCUCUCUGUCUGGAUAUUGGCAGUGAUUAGUCCCAUAAAGAGGAUUACUUGUUUUGUUUCUUGAAACGGGCAACCCACCAACUCUUAGCAGCACAAGCACACACUAUGGUAAUGGGCAAGGAUGUUAAAUAUUGUGGCACAAAAUUGUAUGUGCACUUGCCAAAGAGUAUGCAGAGCAUCAACAUCAUCAUCAUCGUCAUCAUCAUCAUCACUGCUUACCAAAUGUAAGGACCUCAGAUACCAUACAGUAGCUUCAGCACAAAUUAUUCCCUGUGAGUGGGACUCUUAUUCAUUUACAUUGAUGUCUGACAAAAUUCUUAUAUAGAAGAUGAGCAACCACCAGCUCUAUUAAUAUAAUGGGCAUUAGUUCAACUUAAAUAUGGCGUCUCCUGGCAGCUUGGCAGGAAUUAUGGUGGCUCACAAAUAAGAGACAGCUAAGUGAUGCCUACAGCAGAACAUUGUGUUGCUAUUGUGCACUGGCCUUUGUCAAAGUCUAUAAUUUAAAAUAAAGACAACAUGGCUAUUACUAAGCGGGAGCCAUAUUGGUGCCCCCCAGUGGCUUUUUCAGCUUUGUUGAAGCAAUGCCUCACCAUUUCUGCUGCAGCUAGAGACACACAGUAUGUUCUUUGUAAUAGGUGCAACUCCAUCUUGCCAGGGAUUUAGUUCCGUUCCAUGAGUGAGAAUGGUCCAGCUGUGACAUUUUCUUCAGGUCUAAUAAUCCAAAGCAACCAAUCAACGGUUAGCUGCAAUUCAGUUAAUGAAAGCAAAUAUCUAACUGGUUCCUACGGGUUACUAGGCCUGGAACAUACAUUUACAGCUGCUGCACCCCUCCCAUUCUCAGUAAAUGUAACAUAAUAUAAAUAUAGUAGACACCCAGGGUUCAAAUCAAGCAAAAUAUGGCCUCCCCAGUACACAAAUAGCGAUAUGUAUCAAUUCUGCACUGUUGAGGCUGCCAAGACCUGGAACCGGAAGUCUUUUGUACAUAUAUGUUCUCCUUUAUUUGCUUUUUCAGGUGGUUGAUGGCACCAUUCCCUUCUUUAUUUGCCCCAGUGGGUCGGGUGAUGGGGGGCAGAGAUCCCACAGGAAGCUCAUUGCUCAGUAUUAUUUCUGUUCAGCUGUAUGUUUCCUUAUUGUACACACAAUGAUUAUUAGUCAUGUCAUGUAUAGGAAUUAUUGAUCUUGCAUAUUAACCCGGUAUAUUGGUCACUGAUAAAGUGAAAUGUAUUGGUGUAUGGCAAUGUUAGACUUCCGAGAAUUGCAUUGAUUUGGCUUUUGCCUGGAUAUGUUAUAAUAAACCAAACCAAAACCCA